AUGUGCAAACUUGGAGGUUGCAAACCAGUUAUGGUACUCCCUGUGUUUGGUUGGCUCCUGGUUCCAGUUGUCUUACUGUCAGCAGCUGAGAGCCAGAAAAGUCACCCGGUGGAACUGCGCUCCCCUCGUCCUCAGAGGAACCUGGGGCCUUGCUUCCCGAGCCCGUGCUUCCACCAUGGGGAGUGCAACGAAGCUGAUGGCCUCCCAGUCUGCACCUGCAAGCCAGGCUUCACUGGCCCCUUCUGCAAAGAAAUGGUGGUGAAGCUGCAGUGUGAAGAAGAGUACAUGAACAUGAUGGUGAGAAAGGAAGUCUUUGACGCGCUGAAGAUCCCUUUGGCCUCGGUCCACCUGAAGAGCAGGGCCUGCAAAGUCUCCGAGCAACAAGCAGAUGGAGCAAGCUUCUGGGGAGCGAAGCUGACCGGCGAGAACCAUACUGCGUGUGGGUCUGUGAUUAAGGUCAACAGCUCCCACGUGUCCUACGCCAACGCGAUAGAGUCGGACAGAGAGCACCAGGGCGUGAUCACCAGAAGCGUCCUCCUUCGGGUCCACUUCUCCUGCAUCUACGCCUACAAGCAGGUGGUCGGUCUGCUCCACCCAGUCAAGGCUGUGGACACGAUUGUGCAGUUCGCGGUCAAGGAAGGGGACUUCUCCGUCACCAUGGUGUUGUAUGAGAGUGCCAGCUACGAGCAGCCCUUCCUGCAGCAGCCGGUGGCACUGUUCAUGACCGAUACCCUCUACGUCCUGCUGCAGUUGGAGGGGCAGGAGCAGGCAAAAUACUUCUUCCUGAGCGUGGAAGACUGCUGGGGGACCCCGACGGCCGACCCGAACCACAGCAUAAAGCACCCGCUGAUCCUGAAAGGGUGUCCCCACGACAAGACGCUGGCAUUCCUCAGUGACAUUGGAACCAGCACCGAGGCCAAGUUUAGCUUCCAGAUGUUCCAAUUCGAAAACUUCACGGAGGUUUUCUUGCACUGCCAGGUGCGCUUGUGCAUCCCGGACACCCUGGAGCCCUGCGCCAAGCAAUGUCCAAGCAAGCAGAGAAACAAGAGGGCAAUGGCUGAUGACUACAGGAAGAUCGUCUCCUACGGGCCCAUCCAGUUUCUGGUCCCAUCGCCUCUGGAAACACAGAACGCCAAACAGACAGAGUCCCCCUGGAGACUGCAGAUCUGGAUUCCUGGUGCAGUGGUCUCCGCAGCCGUUGCUGCCGCCAUUGUCCUGGUUGCCGUUGCAAAAGCCUUGAAGAAAUGAGUGUCGUGUACAUGGCAGUGUCCUGAAUAAACCUCACGAGUGCUAACAAA